GACGGCAGUACUCAACUGCUCCUACACAGCAGUGCAUGUAACUAAGGGACACGCCACUUGCAGGAUAAAGACACCACGGACCUUCCUCCAAUAUCGCACAGUGUGGCCAAGCUGCACCCCGCAGUUCUCUCUAAAAUAAAUAAGGUCGAAUACUUUUCAGACAAGCCUUGUAGCACAGAACGGGGCAACAUGGGACCACCUAUGCGCGCUGCCGUCCGUGGUUGCUAGUUCAAGUUGGGGAAUUUCGCCUUAAGGAAAAUCUAAAUACUCAAUUUAACCCGAAAACUGCAGUCUGUUAAAAAAAAAUAGCAGGCAAACUCACUCCACGUGAACAAACUGUUUACAUUAUCAUCCUUGGAAAAGCAAGAGAGAAAGCGAAAAAGAAAAUUUAGUCAGAGUGCAAUAAAGCAUUUUGUCAAUUUGAGACCCAGGCCCAGUGCAACUGAAAUCAAAUAAAUAAAACUGUUGCCAAGAUUUCUUUUAGCCUGGCGUUUUCCCGACUGCCCAUUGUUAACUUAUUGAGUUAACUUAUGGGACUUAUUUACCUUAAGUUCGUGACUUGCAGUCAGAUCCAUGGUUUGCUUCGAUAAGCAUCCAUGACACGUGUAUGUGCGCACGAGGGAUGCCAAUGCCCAUUGUAAAUCGUCAGGAACCUGUCGAUAGGCAGCGCUGUUCCCUCAGACGCUCACGACAAGCACGUGGUCAAAACACUGCAUUGAACUUCGUGUCACAUUGUGCGCAUUCCUACAAGGUAUUUUAUAUUUUUGCUAAGUAACUUUUUUGCUUCACCAUUUUCAUCUGUUGUUAUGCUCUCUUGGCCCUUGAAGCAUGCAGCCAGAUUUAGAAGGGUACGAACAGCAAAACAAAAAGAGGUGUGCAGCCGUGCGUAGUUUCGCGCGGUGGUAAAAAAGUCCUUAGGCUGUCUUUCCAGACAAUCGCCCCGAGGAAGGCGCUGACUGCCACGCAGUACAUGUCUCUUUUCUUUUCGCUGCAAACGACAAAGAAAAUAACAAGAGACCUCUUCCCAGUUUGCACAAGAGCGUCAGCAGUUUCUUGUCGCCUGAAAUCUGUAAACCCUGGGAGAACUAAGAAAAAGGACCGCUCUCGUUUGCUGCAUAAAAGGAUGAGCGCAUUGGUACAGCAUCUUUAGAGUAUACCAUCCCGGAGACAGCGAGAAACGCGGUUCAAGUCCGGCUUGGAAGCUGCCACUCAUACGGCAUCAAGGCUUGCUGCGUCAAGGAUGCGGGGCCAGUGGCCGCGGGCGCUGUUGCUCCUCGCGCUGGUGCAGCCCAGCCUGCAGGGCAAGUUCCUCAAGGCAGCCCUGGCUGCCGUGGGCAGCGGAGGGUUCCGGCUGCUGCCCAUGUUUCUGCCUAUUCCCAUCGAAGAGCGCAUGUACUACCCUGUACACUACUUCCUGCCCGUACCGUAUGAAGAGCGGCUCCACACACGCCGAAACGUUCACAAGGUCCAUCACCACCACAAGAUGCUCAUCCCUGUUCAUCGUCGAACUCACAAAGUUGUCCAUAAGCACCAUGGUCGAGUCUAUGGCCAUGGAAAGAAGCAGCGACGCAACCACUAUUGAACCCUCAUUUCGACAACGCUUGCUCGGAAGGAUACGUUUGGCGUAGUAAAAACUGUUUUUAAUUGUUUGACUAACAUGAUCGGAUUGCUUCGAAGCUAUUAUGAUCGACAUGUACCAAAACAAUUGCUGCAAACUAGGGUCGCCGAACUAUAGCUAACUCAGUUAAUUUUUGCGCCGCGAUGGCUAUUGUGCCUGCUGUCGGGCACAAUAGCCUGUUGUCGUGGGCCAGCGUACACCACUGGCCACCCGCCGCUAUGGUGUUGCGCUGCUAAGCACGAGGUCGCGGGAUCAAAUCCCGGCCGUGGCGUCCGCAUUUCGAUAGAGGCUAAAUGCAAAAACGCCUGUGUCCCGUGCAUUGGGGGCACGUUAAAGAUCCCUUGGUGUUCGAAAGUAAUCUGGAGUCCCCACUUCGGCAUGCCUCAAAAUCAAAUCGUGGUUAUGGCACAUAAACGCCAGAAUCCAAUUCAAUUCACCAGUGGACGCCGCGAAGAUCAACCAUGGAGGGCGGUACAGAAUAUGGACGGUCUUUGAUUAUUCAACCUUUCAUUGUGGUCUCUUCCAACUGUCACAGUGUGUACAUGACGCCAAAAUGUGUUUAUAAUAAAGUCGUUAAUUAGUCCGUUAGUGACCAUCGUAUGGAAAGCUGCAUACAAAACACGUCAAUUCGACUUCUCUGUUGUCUCUACGCCUUUACUAGAUAUAAUUUAUUUUUCUCCACCUCGAGCUCU